CACUCGUGCCGACCGCCAUUUUGAUCUAACGCAACGUCAAACACUAAAUCGACCCUUGACUAUGUGCGCGGACGAGGACCCCCUUGCUGUUGAUGAGCAUGCGGCUCAGGAUGACACUGAUGCGGACUCCGCCCUUGGAGACGACAAUGCUAGUGAUACUACGUCACUAAGAUCGAGUAUUCUGAGAUAUCGCGAAGAAAAUGGGAGGACAUAUCAUGCUUACAAGGAUGGAGUUUAUGCACUUCCUAAUGACGAGAUUGAGAACGAACGACUAGAUAUCCUCGCAGAUCUUCAACAUCAUCUUUUUCUGCUCACUUUCGACGAAAGACUACACGCAGCUCCCUUGCCCAAGACGCUCAACCGGGCCUUUGAUGCGGGCUGUGGCACUGGAAUCUGGGCCAUCGAAUUUGCUGAUGAGCAUCCCGAGUGUGAGGUCAUUGGCGUCGACCUGAGCCCAAUUCAGCCUUCGGACAUUCCACCCAACGCCUCCUUCUACGUAGACGAUCUCGAGGAGUCAUGGGACUACUCCAACAAGUUCGACUUUGUCUUUGCUCGCUUUCUCACAGGCUCUAUCCUCGACUGGCCCAAGUUCUUCAGUGAAGGCUACAAUAACCUCAACCCUGGAGGCAGAAUAGAGAUGAUUGACAUUAUCUAUCCUCUCCUCUCCGACGAUGAUACCCUUACAAAAGACUCAGCAUUGUCCAAGUGGUCAGAGCUUCUACACGAUAUUUUCACCAAGAACGGACGUCCUAUGGAUAGCGCGUUGAAGUACAAGGAUCAGCUUGAGGCAGCUGGCUUUGUAGAUGUUAACAUUGUCAAGCGCAAGUGGCCUUUGAACCGGUGGCCCAAGGAUCCCAAGCAUAAGCAGAUUGGCACCUGGGCCCAGCAGAACACAUUGGAUGCUUUGGCAGCUUUGAGUCUCGCUGUCUUUACACGUCCAGAUGGCCAGGGUGGACUUGGCUGGAGUAAAGAGGAAGUCGAGGUUUUCUUGACUGAUGUGCGAAAGGAUAUCAAGAACGUUAACAUUCAUUCAUACUGGCCGAUUUGGUCGGUGUAUGCUACAAAGCCCGAGUGAAAUACCAGCGCUAGCAGGUAGCUUUGUAGAUAUUCAAUGGCGCAUUUUUAUUUUCAUAUCGUCGAAGCUGCAAUGUACAACUUCAAAAUAUAAAGUAACAGCCUCAAAUUUCUCCCUCUUCAGCCUCUUGUAUC